GUACUAGUGAUUUGCACAUGACAGUUGACAGGGUCUCAAGAUCUCAAAAAUAAGCUGGCCGAGCACCAACUGCUCCGGUCUCAUAAACAAGAAAGAGCAUGUCGUAGCAGCUUCGUCAGAAGCGAAACAAAGCCAGAAAAGAUAUACAAGACAACGAGGAACAGAGAAGGCUCCCGGUCCUGUGAAGAUGCUACGGGUGCUAGUACUAGAUUUUAUUUAUAUUUUUUAAGGAAAAUAUUUUUUUACGGGGUUUUGAAGGCAGAUAUUGGCUGCUUUUUUCCACGCGCCCGUCUGCUCUGCUCUGAACCCAUCCUCCCCGCGCAGAGAAGAAAGCAACGAAGGAGGAGAGAGAAUUUCCUCUCAGUCGUCUCCUCGAUCCAUUAUCUGUUCCUCGUUCUUGGAAGGAAUUGGGGAUCAACGCCAUCGAGCAGAAUUCCCGGUGCGAGGAGGAGGGCUCGCCGCGGCUCCGGCUCCCGGGCGUGACCUCGCACGGCAUGGUCGUUGCCUCGCCGGGAAGGCACCGGGAGGCGCGCGGGGAUGGUCGAUAGGGCGAAGGCCGUGGUCAUCGGGGUCACCGCCGGCGUCGCCGCCGCGGCGCUCGCGGCGGCGUGCGUGCUGCUGGCCAUCUGGCUGCACCGGCGGCGGACCAGCGUCGCCGCCCGGACGCGGUCCAUGGAGUCGACCACCACGACGCUGCGGGCCGGCUCCGCUAGCCUCGAGUCCAGCGUGUCCGUCUCGGUGGUCCCCGAGAGCGUGGCGGACUGGGGCCACCCGCCGCCGGAGAAGCGCGCCGCGUUCUGGGCGUGGAGAGGCGCCGGCCACAACGGCAGAGAGCCGCCGCUGUCCGUCUCCGGCAUCCCAAAAUACCGUUACAAGGAUUUGCAGAAGGCUACCACCAACUUUACCACAAUUCUGGGGCAAGGAUCGUUCGGUCCUGUGUACAAGGCUGUAAUGGCUACCGGUGAUGUGGUAGCUGUAAAGGUGCUCGCGAGUGAUUCAAGGCAAGGGGAAAGAGAGUUCCAGACUGAGGUAGCAUUGCUUAGUAGGCUGCAUCAUAGGAAUCUUGUUAAUUUGGUUGGGUAUUGCGUGGAAAAAGGCCAGCGCAUCCUGAUUUACGAGUACAUGAGCAAUGGGAGUUUGGCAAGCCUUUUGUAUGGCAACAAUAAACGGAGUUUGAGCUGGCAAGAAAGGCUACAAAUUUCUCACGAUGUCUCUCAUGGGAUUGAGUAUCUGCAUGAAGGGGCUGUUCCACCUGUCAUUCACAGGGACCUAAAAUCUGAUAAUAUACUUUUGGACCAUUCAAUGAGGGCCAAGGUUGCAGACUUCGGUCUAUCAAAGGAGGAAGUAUAUGAUGGAAGGAAGUCGGGCCUCAAGGGCACCUAUGGAUAUAUGGACCCUGACUACAUGUCCACAAAUAAGUUCACAAAGAAGAGUGACGUAUAUAGUUUCGGCAUAAUACUUUUUGAACUAAUAACAGGCAUAAAUCCACAACAAGGUUUAAUGGAGUACAUUAAUCUGGCAGCAAUUGGAGGGGAGGGACGGGUUGAUUGGGAUGAGAUACUCGACAAGGACCUCCAAGUAGGGAACAUCCCUGAAGAGAUGAGGAUGCUCGCCGAUGUCGCCUACCGGUGCAUUAACAAGAUCCCAAGAAAGCGCCCCUGGAUAUCAGAGGUCACGCAGACCAUAUCAAGACUCAGGCAGCGCCAGCUGACGAAGCACGACACACCAACUUUGCCGAGGAGCGAGACCAGGACCGUUCUGAGGAGGAUAGAGUACCAGCAUGUGGAGCUGAGUGACCUUACCAGCAUGAAAGAACUGAUGCCGAUAAGGGCAUGAGCUUGUUCCAGUAUAUUAGUUGCUUACAUAGUUAGUUUUUAACUUGGUCGAGUAAUCAAAAUGUAAAGAGAAUCGAACCUGGUUUGAGAAAGUUCUAGCUGUUUGAUGAAGCACCAGGUGGUUUUGGUCCUUGAAGAUGUCUUGGCUGCCAUGAGAAUUCAUGUUAGUUGGAUUUGCGUACUGACCUGGGGAUUGAAAUAGUUGUCUUGUAAAUAAUCAACUGUAGUGGUGUAGCAUUUGACAAGAUAAUGAAGUCCAUGGAUACAUGACAGUAAAUUGGCAAGGAUGAACCAUCGAAAGUUCAUGUGUUCAGGAAA